CUCGCAAUGAGUGCCGGACUGACGCCUCUCCAUCGCAAUGAGUGCCGGACUGCUGCAGCAAGAAAACCCCAUCAAACUCAGUACAGAUGGAGAAGAGGUUGAACAAACGGCCGAUGAAACUAAGGAGGAGACUCAGGACGACCUGGAGAUCAUCAACGACGCCAUUCACAUGAGCGGCGGCGACGAAGAUGAGGACGACGAAGAAGAAAUGACGGACAGAGAGCGGGGCGAGAAGAUCAUCGACAUUCUCAUUCCCCCAAGCGAAUGGGAGGAGGACGGAGAAAGGUGGAUACAAAGGGUAUCACGGGCACCUCCCAGCAGAACAGCUGUUAUACAACUGUGGGAACAGCUCGACCUCAAAAUCCGAGAGCAGCAGGCAAGAACGCGGGGCAUUUGUGCCAUUCGUGGCGCCCUCUAUCGAGAAUGCUUCGACGAACUCAUUCGGCAAGUGACGCUAGACUGUCCUGAACGUGGAUUGCUUCUGUCAAGAGUGCGUGAUGAGGCCAACAUGACCAUCGCGGCUUUCCAGUGCCUUUUCGAGAGCGCGUCCGAGUUUGGCGCCACGAAAGCCAUUCAGUCAGAGAGCGGCAAGUGGGAGCUGGAGGGCGAGCUGCGAGAACUGGAGGAGCGAGUGGCAGGCCUGGAGGCGGAGGUGCGGCGCCUGGAAGCUUGGAAGAGGCAGGCACGUGCAACACAAAAUGCAUACACAUAUAUCUGGAUCUGUAGUGAAUUAACAAUUCUCUUCGUUUGGCUUGGGCGUCAUUCCGAUUUACUGUAA